UACGUGGGUUAAAGUGUAAACGGAGUCAUCAUAAAUAUAUAUAAAUAUUACGUACUGUGACGUGCUCUUUCUUGCUCUUUCAAUUUAUUAUAAGUAGUCUGGACAUUUUUAACCUUUACCGAUGAUGUAAACUUUCUCAAUCAAGUUUCGAUACAAAUAAUGGCGGCGGCGAAUUCUACUGCGACAUGCGAGGACUCUUCUGUGCAGACGGCCGAUGUCCAAGGAAAGGUGGUGUUUAGCCAAGAUGGCGUGUUCGUGCACACUGCUGUAUUAACUGCUACACAGGGUGCCAACAUUAUUCCCGGAAUUGUCACAAUUAUCGAAAAACAAAACAGCACAUUUGUAGAUUGGUCACCUGCAGUGAAUGAAGAAGAUGAAUUUGAGCUAGAAACAAGUGACUAUUCUGAAUGGGAUCUUGUCACUCAAAGUAAACAGGAAGAUGGAAGUGUCCAGAAGAGAAAGAGGAUAUCCAUGUAUGCCAUUCACUUCAAUGUCUCAGAGUUGCACUCUAUCAGACGUUCUGACCCAAAGUUGGCCUGGUCUUAUGCUGUAUUUAUGUUAAAAAAUGGCACCACUCAACCAGCACUCCAUUUUCACUCUGGGGGUAUAAGUGAAAUGAUCCGUCACCUACAGAGAUAUAUAUGGAUUACAAGAUCUCCACACAAUCACAAGUUAUUUGUUGUGGCAGAGGAUCACAAUGCACUAAAGAAAUCUCUUGAUCAUCUUGAGUUGUUCCCAGAGGAUAAUCUACCCCAUCGAGUACCAUGGCAUAAGUUACUCCACAGUGCAUACUAUGAUGGCAUGUAUGCUUUGUCCAAAGUGACACGUUAUGUGAGAGAUGUUUAUGUAGGCUAUCAGGAAGGAGUGGAAGGCACUCAGGAGGAAGAACAGGAGAAUGGUCUAAAGAAGGAACCUGAGUUUGAAGAUCUUGGGAAUGAUGCCAACCACUCUGAUGAGACAUCUGUGCCAGGAAAGCGAGAUCUUGGUGAGGUUCCAGAGGUGUCACGAGGAGAACCAAUGAGGCUUAAUGAAUGGCAGUCAUUCCUAGAUGAUGUAGGGCGAGUCACUGAUGUCAAGAAGCUUAAAGACAGGAUAUUCCAUGGGGGUAUUGAUGAGUUAAUUCGUAAAACAGUCUGGCAGUAUCUGUUGGGGUACAAGAAGUAUGGUUACACUGCACAGUCACAGCAAACCCUCUUUAGAGGGAAGGAGGAAGAAUAUAAAACUAUGAAGUGGCAGUGGCAGUUCAUGACCAAAACACAAGAAAAUAACUUUUCUGAAUUUAGAGAAAGAAAGCAUCUUGUAGAUAAGGAUGUUUCACGGACAGACAGAACACAUUGCUUCUACUCUGAGGCCAACCAUUCCAAUGUGAAGAAACUCUAUGACAUUCUUCUCACUUACUGCAUGUACAACUUUGAUCUUGGUUACGUACAAGGCAUGAGUGACCUUCUUUCUCCAAUAUUAUUUCUGAUGGAAGAUGAAGUUGAAGCUUUUUGGUGUUUCGUGGGCUUCAUGGAAAAAGUGGCUCAUAAUUUUGAAGAGAACCAAGAAGGAAUGAAAGCACAACUUCAUCAGCUGGCUGUGCUACUCAAAUUCGUUGAUCCUCAUUUCUACAAGUAUCUUGAAGAGCACGAUUCUGGUAAUUUAUACUUCUGCUUCAGGUGGCUUCUUAUUUGUUUUAAGCGCGAGUUCUCCUUUCCAGAUAUUAUGACAUUAUGGGAGACGUUGUGGUCACAGAGAUUGUCGCCAAAUUAUCACCUGAUUGUUUGUUUGGCGAUCUUGGAUAAACACCGUCACAUUAUUAUGGAGAAUAGAUUUGGAUUCACCGAAAUCCUUAAGUACAUAAACGAUCUGGCUUACAAUAUAGACGUCCAAGAAGUGUUAGUAAGAGCUGAGCAAAUCUGUCUCCAGUUGCUUGUAUAUCCUGAUGUACCCGCAGAGGUGAAAGACAUACUCACUGGCAAGAACGAAGCCAUGAUGACUCCAAACGUGGAAAAAACAGACCCCUUCCUCAUGGCACACAGUAGACAUAUGGUACAUUUACUAGAUGGCUGUGGGCUAGGCAAAGCUAGCUCACCUUUACAGACUUCUAAUCUUACUGCUUGUGACACUGACGAAUCUAUUCAUGUGCUUCCUUCAGACAAUGAAAGUACUGAAGGCAGCAAUGAAACAAGAAUGAAUGAUUUGGAUAGGGCUUCCUCCAGAUCAGGCAGGGCUCAGGUUGCAGGUGAAUCAAACGAAGUCCAAAUGAAUGACUCUGAUGAUGAAAUUGUGGUGUUGUCUGAAGAGGCACAGAAUAUAUUUUAAUGGUUGAGGACGAAAGGUUACUUUGAUUUUUAAAAAAAAAUGUAACGAUUUUUAACAAAAUCACAGCAAAGCCUUCCUGGUGAGAAAGACGACUGCCUAUAAUAUGAAGGGACCUUCUGUUAAGGCCUAAAACAAUGAGAAACUUGGCUGUGGUCAGACAUCGCUCUUGACACAGAGUCGUGGAAUUUCUCUCUUCUUUUUAAUUCCUUCCUGAACACCGAAGUGAUUUCUACCACCGAUCCAAGUCUGUUAAUCCCCAGUUAAUGAUGGAUUACCUUUUGAGAAUGAACUACGCACGCAGGAUGAAGAGGAAGUUUUUAGUUACUUCAAGGAAAACGAUGGAGGUUUUAUGUAAAGUAAAAGUGUUGAAACAGUCCUUUAAAAACGCUUUGAGGAAUUGUCCUGUUUGUUAAAAAUAGUGGUCAAAAUUUUUGUUGUCAUAGCCUAUUUUGCCCAAUUCUGAUAUCGCUGAUAUAACUUUCAGUCAUAAUCAUUUGAUAGAAUAGUGUUCAUUUGUUUAAUUUUGUUGGAAGUGGGUCGUAGAGUUACAGAAAGCAUUGAAUUUGAGUUAUUGAGCUCUUGUUUGGGUAGAAUGAUGUGCUCGAGGCUUUU